AUGAGAUACACAAUACCACCACCUACACCACCUACACCACCUACACCGAGCAAUGACUUUGUCUCGCAGAACAAGUACCGUAUCCCCCAGAAGGGGCUGAAGCCGGAGACUGCGUACCAGUUGAUUCACAACGAUUUGGUGCUGGACGGUAACCCGACGUUGAACCUGGCAUCGUUCGUCAACACCUACAUCACCGACCAGUUGAAGAACUUGACGUUGGAGAACGUGGUGAAGAACUUGGCAGAUGCGGACGAGUAUCCCACGCUUAUUGAUUUGACACAGAGAAACGUCAGUAUCCUGGGUAAGCUAUGGCACGGGAAAGGCCAGGAGCCAAUCGGAACUGCUACAACCGGUUCCUCGGAAGCUAUCAUGCUUGGUGGAUUGGCAAUGAAGAAGAUUUGGCAGCAGAAGCGUAAAGCAGCUGGUAAAGACUUCUAUAAGCCAAACAUCAUCAUGGGUGCCAAUGCACAGGUUGCUCUUGAAAAGUUUGCCAGAUACUUUGAUGUUGAAGCUAGGCUGGUGCCAGUGUCUAAGGAGUCCAAGUACAUCUUGGACUUGAGCAAGAUUGAAGAUUUGGUUGAUGAGAACACAAUUGGUAUCUUUGUCAUCCUGGGCUCCACAUACACAGGUGCAUUUGAAGACGUCAAGGCUGUUAACGAUCUGCUUGACGAUAUUCAGGAGCGUAAGGGGUUUGACGUUCCGAUCCACGUCGAUGGUGCAUCAGGUGCUUUCGUUGCACCUUUCCUAUUCCCAGAAUUGGAGUGGGACUUCAGAAUCAAGAGAGUUGUCAGUAUUAACACCUCUGGCCACAAGUUUGGUUUAGCAACUGCUGGUCUGGGGUGGAUCAUCUGGAGAAAUGGUGACCUGCUUCCAGAUGAAUUGGUGUUCAAGCUGAGAUAUCUCGGUGGUGUAGAAGAGAGUUACAACUUGAACUUUUCCAGACCAGGGUACCAGUCGAUUCAGCAGUACUACAACUUCCUCCACUUGGGGUUCGACGGCUACAAGAAGAUCCACUCGACGUCUUUGAGAAAUGCCCGUAUGCUUUCGAACUAUCUCGAGAAGACCGAGUACUUUGAAGUUGUGUCCUACAUUCACAGAAAGAACGCUGUGGAUGACAACAUCAAGCACCAAGAGGACAUCGACCUGACCUACUUCAACCCUGGUCUACCAGUUGUUGCGUUCAAGUUCACAGACUCGUUCAAGGAGACUUACCCAAACAUCCCACAGUCCAUCAUCUCAACUCUGCUGCGUAAGAACGGUUGGAUCAUUCCAAACUACCCUCUCCCUCCAAACGAGGAAGACACUGAGAUCCUGCGUGUUGUGUGUCGUACUGAGCUCACCGGUGACUUGAUACACAGACUCAUCGCCGACAUCAUCAAGGUCACAGAGAGUCUCAUCAAGAGCGAUGAGAUGUACAUCAAGUCUGUGCAGACCGAUGACCUCGAGUCCAAGAAGGACUACAUCUACAAGCUGCUGAAUGCCAUUGCCUCGGGAGGCGAGGACUUCGACCUGAUGGAGAAGCAUCAGGAACACAAGGAGAAACACCAUUCGACUUUCAAAGGUACUUGUUGA